AUGGCCCGCCGCCCAGCGAGAUGUUACCGUUACUGCAAGAACAAGCCGUACCCAAAGUCUCGGUUUAACCGUGGUGUCCCUGACCCCAAGAUCCGCAUCUUCGAUCUUGGCCGAAAGCGUGCGAACGUCGACGAGUUCCCCCUCUGCGUCCACUUGGUCUCCAACGAAUAUGAGCAACUGAGCUCUGAGGCUCUCGAAGCCGCCCGUAUCUGCGCCAACAAGUACUUGGUCAAGAUCGCCGGAAAGGAAGGUUUCCAUCUCCGUGUCCGUGCCCACCCAUACCACGUCGUCCGCAUCAACAAGAUGUUGUCUUGCGCCGGUGCCGAUAGACUUCAGACUGGAAUGCGUGGUGCUUGGGGUAAGCCCAACGGAUCCGUUGCCCGUGUCAACAUCGGUCAGAUCAUCCUGAGUGUCCGAACUCGUGAUGCCCACCGUGCUACCGCUCUCGAGGCUCUCCGCCGCUCACAAUACAAGUUCCCUGGACGCCAAAAGAUCAUUAUCUCCAAGAACUGGGGCUUCACCCCUCUCCGCCGCGAGGAGUACCUCGAGAAGAAGGCUGAGGGUAAGGUCUUGGUUGAUGGUGCCUACGUCCAAUUCCUGAGCAACCACGGCAAGCUGGCCGACAACAUCAAGCGUUUCCCAGCUGCUUUCCAGGAGGCGUAGAUGGGGUUGGUUGUUUUAUGUGGGAUACGGGGCUGAGAAAGGCGUACAUUUGCACUGG